AUGAAAACGAACGUGUGGGUCCUUUUUGUGCUUCUUGUAUUCCUCACCACUUUUCCUAUAUUCUUUCUUUAUCGUCAACUAGGAUCAGGAAUAGUCUCUCAAGAAGAUCUCCUUUACCAGAACGAUUACAAUACACUCCCAAAUGGAAAUAACGAUCCCUUUGAUUGUAUGCAAUUCCCGGAUGAUAUGCAAUCUUAUCCGAAUUGUCAAGAAAAGUUGCAGUGGUUGAGAAAUGGGUGGAAGACACAUCAAUGUUAUGCUGAUUAUGGUCGAUUUGCUCUAUGCGACGCUAUCUUUCUGAAGUUGAAAAUCACUGCCCUCCGCUUUUCUUCGACGAAUGUAGAAUCUAGUUCCAGAACAGUUGAUUUUGCAAAGCCCAACACCGAUCUGAAAAAACUUUUUCUGAGGCUCGCCGGAAAUGCUGAGAAUUAUGAUUACAUCAAAAAUCGUCUCACACAAUACUGGUCAAGCUGGAUAGGUGCAUUGCAUGCGACCACUCUCAAAUAUCCAAAAUCGACAUCCAAUCGAAGGAAAAUGAAUAUACUGAUCCACUUGGGGCUGCUCACGGAGACUAGUUUACACAUCGGUGAAAAAUCUCGCAGUGGAGGACCAUUGGGAGAAUUAUUGCAGUGGUCGGAUCUUAUCGCUUGUUUGUUUCUGUUGGGGCACAACCUGUACAUAUCGAAUGAUAAGCCUUCCCUUAUUCGGCAUGUGGAUAAAUUUCCCUUUGACGGACCCUGCCCUAGUAAACAAAGACGUGUGGAUCUUAUCAUCACUGAUAUUAUUGGCUUGAGAUCGUUCCGGUCGCGAAGAGAAUUCCUUUUGCGGAACAAGUGUUUGAUACGUCUAGUCGACAGCUUCGGAACGCAUGUGGAGUUUAACUAUAGAUCUUACUUCAAAGCACACCAAGCUGAUUUCGCACAAAACGGAGGCGCUUCCUCUAAUCCUUGGGGAGGACAUGGACUAAAACUCCUACAGCACUGGACCUUCUUCCCGCAUACACCCGAUAACGAUUUUCUUGGAUUUGCCAUUCAUCAUAUUGAUGUAGAGCCACUUUACAAUCGAAAUGCCCUCGAUCGCCCAAUAUCGCUGGUGUAUGGGAAGGAGAAGUAUAUGUGGACGGAAUCGGAGCCCGUUAUAGAAGUUCUGAAGUCUUUAACGGAGGUGCACGCUACUGUUUCUGAUCUAAAGAAUGCCAAUGAAUCGGUGUUCUCUGGCAUCGUCAAUCAUGGUUUCCUAAACAUAACAGAGGUGGCAGCUCUCCUGAAAUCGGCCAGUGUCUUUGUAGGCCUCGGAUUCCCAUUUGAAGGUCCGGCUCCAUUGGAGGCUAUAUCGCAUGGUGCAGUGUUCAUCAAUCCAAAGUUUAAACCUGCUAAAACCCGGUUGAAUACGGCGUUCUUUCGGGACAAACCAACAUUGCGUGAGUUCACCAGCCAGUCUCCUUAUAUGGAACGCAUUGGGGUACCGUAUGUGUACACUGUUGACUUCAACAACACUGACGAAUUGGAAGAUGCCAUAAAGCGGGCAUUAAGUGAGCAGCCUCAGCCAUUUGUACCAGAAGAGUUCAGUCCACAAGGGAUGCUGAUUAGGGUGAAUAUAUUGAUUCAUCGUGAUUUGUGUAGUGGCGCAUCGAAAUGGCCUCCAAUCAGUGCUCUCGAGCCGAAAUUAGGCGCUCAAGGCGAGUCAUGUGAAAUGGCAUGCGAUUCUGCGGACUUGGUGUGU